AUGAAUGUGAAAACCGUGCUCAUCCUCCUCGUUCUGGCUUUAGCCACGAUAUUUGCUUUGGUCUGUGUGCUGCUGACCAGGGGAAGGGCCCCCAGCACCUGCCAGCACCAGCCCCCGGAGCAGGAGGACACCGAUGGCGGACGCAGCCCGGUCUGCUCGCCUGAAGAGAUGGUGCAGGUGGUGCGGUACCUGCAGGCAAACCUCGGGGUGCAGCUGGUCGACGCCUCGCGUGCGAAGCCCUCCGACAACUGCAUCGCCUCCGUCGACGUGCAGGUCCCUGGCAAGGCAGAGGUGCUGCGGUUCCUGGAUGGUGGGGGGGCUCGGCCCCCCCGGGAGGCGCUGGCUGUGCUCUACUUUGGGAACCAGCCAGACCCCAACAUCACCGAGUACGUGGUGGGUCCGCUGCCGACGCCGGCGUAUCACCGGGACGUCACGGUGCAGAAGUACGGGGGGAAGGUGCCGUACCACCGCAGACCUGUUACCGGCAAGGAGUACAUGGAUAUCCACGCCCUCAUCCAGCAAGAGCUGAGAAAGGCACCGCGCUUCCUCGUCGCUUGCUGUGAGUCUGACGGGACAGACCUGGCCAUCGUCACAACAGCCCCGCGGGGCUUCAAAUCCGGUGACCGUGCAACCUGGUUUGUCCUCUUCCACAGCAUGGCCGGCACCGGCUCCUACCUCUCUCCGGUGGGGCUGGAGGUGCUCGGGGAGCAUGGGGGCCUCCCCCAUUGCCAAGUCUUCUACAAUGGCCGGUACUUUGCCAGCACGGUGGAUCUGGAAGAUGCAUUUGUGGCCAAUUUGCUGGACGUGGUCAGGAUCAGGAAGCCCCAGGCAGACACAGUGCUGGGCUCGAUGAGACCCCGGCACCCGCCUGGCUCCCCAGGGCCGCUGCAUUACGAGCCCCAGGGUCCCCGCUACAGCGUCAAGGACAACCGUGUCACCUUCCAGGGCUGGAGCAUCGCCUUUGGCAUGAACCCCAACUCUGGUCCGCGCCUCUUUGACAUCAGGUACCGUGGGAAGAGGAUUGUCUAUGAGCUGAGUCUCCAGGAAGCCUUAGCCCUGUAUGGCUCCAACUGCCCCGCGGGCAUGUCAACCCGCUACCUCGAUGGGAGCUUCGGCAUUGGCAGGUUUGCCUAUGAGCUUGUCCGGGGCCUCGACUGCCCCUACAUGGCAACCUAUGUGGACCGGCACUACCUGGCAGAGUCAGAUACCCCCAAAACCAACCAAAACUCGCUUUGUAUUUUUGAGCAUGAUGCUGCCAUCCCUCUGCGGCGCCACUUCUCCGACUUGCAGUCCUUCUACUACGGCGGGCUGCGGAAAAACGUGCUGGUCAUCCGUGCUGUCUCCACUCUCAUCAACUAUGACUACAUCUGGGACUUCAUGUUCCACGGCAGCGGGGCUGUGGAGGUCCGGGUGCACGCCACCGGCUACAUCAGCUCCUCCUUCUUCCACGGCCGAGGCACCGACUAUGGCAACAAGGUUGGGCCCCACACGCUGGGGACAUUGCACCUCCACCACAUCCACUACAAGGUGGACCUGGAUGUCGACGGGCAGCUGAACUCUCUGGAGACCCAAGACAUGGGCUACGAGCUCGUGAAAGACCCCUGGAGCAUGCAGAACACCAUUGAGCGGCCAUACAUCCGCCGGAGGAGGCUGGAGAGGGAGGGCGAGGCGGCAUUCCCACUCAACAGUCCCAUGCCCCGCUACCUUUCCUUUGCCAGCCCCAAGCCCAACAAGUGGGGGCAUCCGCGCAGCUACCGGAUCCAGAUCACCAGCUUCGCUGGGGAGCACCUGCCCACCAGCAGCCCCAUGGAGAGGUCCAUCAGCUGGGGCAGGUACACGCUGGCCGUCACCCGGCGGAAGGAGGACGAGCCCACCAGCACCAGCAUCUACAACCAGAACGACCCCUGGACGCCCACCGUCGCCUUUGCCGACUUCGUCGACAACGAGACCAUCACCAACGAGGACCUGGUUGCCUGGAUCUCCGUGGGGUUCCUGCACGUCCCCCACGCUGAAGAUGUCCCCAACACGGUGACCGUGGGGAACGGCGUCGGCUUUUUCCUGAGGCCCUACAACUACUUCGAUGAGGACCCCUCGGUGGACUCGCCUGACAGCGUCUACUUCAGCAGCGAGCAGGACACCGGCGCGUCCCCCGCCGUGCGAGGCAGACUGAGGCAGACCGCUGACCCUCCAGCUGCCUCCGGAGCGCAGGCGUUUGCCAGUGCCAUCCCUCUUCCUCGGCCUGGCGACUCCAAGACCCCGUGGCUCCCCGGGCCGCAUGCAGGCAAGGGGCAGGAUGCUGCCCGCGGCCCCCGCUGCACCGAGCCCACAGUCUGCGGGCAGGACUCGGCGCUGGACACGACCUCUGCCUGCUCUGCACCGCGGCAAACAGCGCACAGGUAG